AUGUCCGACAAGGUCGGAGAGAGCGCUGCCGACCGACUCGCUGCCGACGGGGCCGCUGCCGACGAAGUCGCAGGCGAAGCGCCGACCGCAGGAAGGACUACUGCCGUAGGACGUAAGUGGGUUGUCAUCGCGGCGGGUGUCAUAGCGGUGGGUGUCAUCGCGGCGGGUGUCAUCGCGGCGGGUGUCAUCGCGGCGGGUGUCGUAGCGGUGGGUGUCAUCGCGGCGGGUGUCAUCGCGGCGAGUGUCGUAGCGGCGGGUGUUGUAGUGGUGGGUGUCGUACCCAGUGGUCUCCCGUAUAGUCCGGAUGCUAGAUUCACUCGGCCGUAA